AUGCUGAUUUUGUUCACUAUUUGGCCAGCGUUGUCAGCGCUGUCGCCGGGAAAUCGUAGUCGUCCCCAAACUGAAGCCGAGCCGCUUCGCAAGUUCCAAAACCUGUUCCAGAAGUGUGAAGAGUUGAAGAAUUUCUUGCCUCUGAGCGCGGCAACAGCUGAAAUUCGGGUCCCAGACUGGAAAAGCACAAAUUUUUCCAUUUACAAAUCUCGUCUUGACUUGCGCAAUGGAAAAACUGAAGAGUUGACGUAAGUGGGGAACAAAGUUUCUAGCGAUUUUUUUGACAAAAAAAAUAUUUUUUCUAGCCAAAAUUACGAGAAUUUUUUAAAUUUUUUCAGAAUGUGAAUGCACCGUGCAUUCACAUUUUUUCGCUUUGUGCACCGUGCAGAUGAAAAAGUGGUGACUGCACUGUGCAAUGGGAAAUAUUUUGUCGCCAAGCUUUUUUGCACUGUGCAAUUCAAAAAUCAUUCUCAUUUCUGCACCGUGCAAUUCCAAAAUCGCGCGACGAAAGCCUUUUUUAACCAUGUCGCCGCGAAUUUUGGGCGCGCGACAAAAAUUGCACAGUGCAAAAAGAAGAAAAAUGCACUGUGCGCAGCGAAAAAAGUUCUUUCACACAGUGCAAGAAUUUUAUUUUUGUAGACAGCUAAAAAAUCUUCCAUUUCUUUUUUGGAGAUGUCUUCAAGAGAGACAAGACAUGUCAGCCUCGUUAAUAACAGGUCACCUGGUUAUAAUAUUUUUACAUUUUCAGCCAACAACACAACUUACUGCCUGCAGUUUGGGAUCAUAAUGUGACACGAUUCGGAUACUACACGGGUGAUUUUGAACAGUAAGCUGACAGUUGACAUGCCUCUAAUUUAUCAGAAAAAAUGUCUUUAUGUGGAAUGACGAUGAAAAGGAGCUGGAUUUGGGAACCACCUUCGGUAUCGAGUAUGGAUUUGCGACCGAAGAUUACGUCUACAGCCAGGUUUUACACGAGGAUGGAGUUAAAAAAUUUGCUCGUUGGAAAGUCGACUUGAGCGGCACAGUUGAACUUCUCGGCGACGCCAGUCCUAAUGGUAGUUGGCUCUUUUUUCAAUACGAGUUGGGGCCCACGUACUAUUUGACGGACGAUAAAUGUCUUCAAAUCGAUGAUCUCAAGCAGUUGGUGAGUCGGAGAAAAAAAAUUAUUUGUUGAGGGAAACACUUGACUCAUUUAGGAAGACUUGACUCAAUGGGUCAAGUCUUUCUCCUAAUAAUUGUUGCCGAAGAAUUACCCUUUUUUAUUGCAUAGUCGUAAGAAAAGUACCGUUCAAGACGAUACAACUUUUUACUUCUUUUCUGUUUUUCAGUCUGAAGGUUACCAAAUCUUCCGCGAAUGCGACACCCACCAAGGAAUGUUCGCUUUCUCCGAUCUGUACGAAUGGUACAGUCUGGUAGGCCUUGCACAAGUUUUAAUUCGCUGAUUUAUCAAUAAACUUCCAUAAUUUCCUCUCGUUUUCAGAGUGCGUUCGCAUGGCUGACAAGAGAGUGCAAUGGCCAGAUUUGGAGCGAUCAUAAGGCCCAUGAUUACGUCAAAAUUCGAUUCCUCCCGGACGAUCCACCGGUAAGAAACGAGAAGGCGAUUUGAGAGGAAACGGGCCGCACUGUGCAAAUGUCGGAAAUUUGUUCUACUGUGCGAAGUCACUGUGCAUAACAGAGUAUUCAUUGGUAUUUUUUCAGGCGAUUCAAAGAACGACAACAACAACAAUCUACGCUCCGACUACACAACCGCUCUGCACUGACCUCACCAACUUCUAUGCGAUUGUGUUUUCGGGCCUGGCCAUAAUUCUUGUCUCGAUCGGUAUCGGCAACGGCAUUUUUUUCGUCCAUAUGCGGAAAAAACUGCGGGUAAGAGUCACGUUUUUUGUAAUAUCAGUCUGCCUUGAAAAUAUUGAGCGCUCUAAUGUAUCAAAAAUCGCACCGCCGCCGAGAAAGCGAAUUAUGUAAUAACUCCGCGCGGGAAAAUUUAAUUUUUGGUGGAAACAUUAACCUCUACUCAAAAAAAUAGGUAUAAAACGUAACUUUCCUAUCGAAGAACAAUGCUUUCAGAAAGCAAAACUGCAAGUCGAACCGUUGCAUCGUAACAAGAAGACCAAAAGCCCUCGGAAAACAACGACUUCCACAACCACUGCGGCAGACUCCUCAACAACAAAAAUCUCACGGAUGGCAACGAUGUCAUCGCUCUCUUCUGAGGGAUUGCCCAAGGUAACAAAGACCAAAACUUUGGUUUAUUUUUACAGGACGACGUGACAAAACUUUUGCUGAGUCCGGAAAUUGAGAGGAUCUUUGACCAGAAUGAAGUGGAAGGGAUCGAAGCAGAGCUCCCCUAUACACCUCUGGAAAGACAGCCGGAACCCCAAGAGGGAUUCUUUUGUGCCAUCGGAAAGAUUGGGGUCACCAUCCCGGCCAAAACGUUCGACAAAACUUUUGGGGAAUUCGAAAUGGAAAUGGGCGGAGAGUUGUGCACAGUGCAGUUUGAAGAUGUGGAAUCUGAAUUGAAUAGGAUUGAGGUGAGUGCACAAAAUAAAGAAAAUAACAGGACGAAAUAAUAAUAAUAUUCUAGGCAAUGGCAGCGGUAAUGAGACAAGCCCAAAAGAAGCAGAUAAAUGGGACCAUCCCCGAAUUCAUGGUCACGGCCCAAUUGGACGCCUUCAAUUUCCGGCUGAUGGUGGCGAAAAAAGUAAGUUGAAAUCAUUAUUUUACGAAAAAACGUACCGUUUUUGACCGUUGGAAAUGAAAAGGCCAGCAGAAAAAAUAAUUUUCUACGCUAGGGUAAUGAUUCUGAGUCUCGAAGCGAAGGUUGUGUUUGCCGAUAAAAACGAAACACAAUGCCAAGACAAGAUUAGUUUUUCGAGAAGUUUUCGCUUUUUAGGUAUCUUUGGAAAUAGAGAAUGGACAGGACUCGAAGACCAUAUUAUCUUUCAGAUCCUAGGGAUACCUAAAAUAAUAUCGAAAAAUGUAAGAAAUCAGCGCUUAGUUUAUGCGAUAUUUACGUUCAAAUCCGUAUUUUAGAAUCAAGAAUUGGUUGUGUCUUGAUAGAAACCAAGUUUAUACAAACUAGUGAGCAAUUUAUUGUUUUUGGUUACUGAUUCAAUAAACUCCUAGAAUUUUGUAACAUUCGUUUUCAGAUUGGUCCAUCUAUCGAAAAACAAGUCCUGAAUGGUACGCUGAGCAUGGAAGAGAAGCUGACUCUGGUCUCUCUGACCUUCAAUUGCAUGGAGGACCUUCUCUUUUCCAAUAUUAUCCAUCGUGACAUCAAACCUUCAAGUUUUCGCUAUGAUUUUGUUGGCUCAAAACUCCUCAUUUCCAACCUUGGACUUGCCAGAAUCACUCCAAAGUCCCCUCGUCUCAAGGUGCCAUUCUUCGGGAACCUCACUUUCUGCAGUCCAUCUACCCAUUUGAAUCUGGAGAGGACUCAUUUCGAUGACAUGGUCAGCUAUUUCUAUGUAGUUUUGUGGAUCUUCAACAAGGAUUUGCUGCUCUGGAGCAGCGAGACUGAUGUAAGCAUAUUUUCUCCCUUUUUAGACCUAAUUUUUUAUUACUUUAGCUUAUUUUACUCUUAUUUUUUAGAAGACAGUCGUUUAUCAGCUCAAAUCUGAUAUGUUGGAGGGAAACCUUCUCGAAGAGCGUUUGGAAAAAUUCAUCGAGGACCAAAAGCUUAAAGAUUUCCUUCGCCAACUGUUUCGAUUGAUUGUCAAAUUGCCUCCAAAACGGCCAUCUUAUCGGAAGAUCAAGCAGCUCAUCGAGAAGAAUACGUAA